AUGUCCACCGAUCCCCGCCGAAGACCCCCGCCGCCGCCUCCACCUCCACCAGAAGAACCACCGCAAGAAGAGCACGAGGCAAUGGCACAAAUGGACGCAGCAGGCGAGAAAACACAGGAUGAGCGGAAGACCAGUAGCGUGGAGAAGCAGGAUGAUGGGUUUAAGUUGCGGUUUUGUACGGUGUGUGCGAGUAAUAACAAUCGAUCAAUGGAAGCCCACCUCCGCCUCACAACCGCCCCAACGCCCUACCCCACCAUCUCCUUCGGCACCGGCUCCCUCGUGCGCCUCCCGGGCCCCAGCAUCUCGCAACCGAACGUCUACAACUUCAACUCCACCUCCUACGCAGCCAUGUACUCGGAACUCCUCUCCAAAGACCAGCGGCUCUACAACGCCAACGGGAUCCUGCCGAUGCUAGAGCGGAACAAGAACGUCAAAUGGGGCCCGGAGCGCUGGCAGGACUGGAAGGUCGGCGUGCCGCGCGUGGGGAAGCGGUGGCAUGUUCAAGAAGGGACCGAGGGGGGCGGCGCGGAGGCGGAGUAUAAAGACGAUAAAGGGUACUUCGGCACAGAGUCCGGGACGGUGGACGUGGUGAUUACGUGCGAGGAGCGGUGCUGGGACGCGGUGGUCGACGACCUGCUGAACCGCGGCGCGCCGCUGAAUCGCCCCGUGCAUGUGUUCAAUGUGGAUAUUAAGGAUAAUCACGAGGAGGCGCUGGUGGGCGGGCGGGCGAUUCUGGAGCUCGCGGAUGCGUUGAAUGCCGCGGCGAGGGAGGAGCGCGAUGUGUGGGUGAAGGGGGGCGGGGCAGCGAAUGGGUUUGAGAGGGGCAGUGCGGGGGCGAGGGGAGGGUUUGACGAGAGGGUGCCGGAAAUUUUGGAGAAGUGGCAGGAUCGGUGGCCGAAUUUGCCGGCGUUGUGGACUUUGGCUUGGUUUUGA